UUUUUUUUUUUUUUCCUUUUUUUUUUCUUUCCCCAAAGGCUGCCUCAUUUUGGAGAUGCAGUGACAAGAUAAUGGAGUGAAAGUCUCUCAUUUCCAGGCAAGAAAAUUUCAGGAGUCAGAGAAAGGAAGGAGCAAGUUACAUAGCAGAAAUACGAAAGAGGACAGUAGUAAAGAACUGAAAAUAAAAUCAGAGGAAACAGGUGGAAGGCUGGCAUAAAGCUGGGAGAUAUUUUAGACUGAAACUGGUGUGGUUUUCUCUCUUUCUUUUUUUCUUUUUUCCUUUCCCUUUUUUUAAAGUUUUUUUAAAAAUUGGUUUUAUUGUUGAUUUUAAAAUCUAAGCUGAUUUUGGAGAUCUCUGCAGUAACCAGGCUGCUUUAGAGUAGAACAGCUUCCCCAACGUGUCAUUUUCUCUCUCCCUGCCUGCUGUCUGCUGUUGCUGCUGCUGACAGAAACGUGUUAGGAAAGCAGAAAGAGAAAAUGCCAGCCAUCCUGGUGGCCUCCAAAAUGAAAUCGGGACUACCUAAACCCGUACACAGCGCUGCUCCAAUCCUGCAUGUCCCAACGGCCAGGACCAUCCCACAGCCCUGUUACCUGAAGUUUGGGAGCAAGGUGGAGGUAACGAAGCCAUUGUAUUCCAGCCAGAUUCCUCUCAAAUCUUCCAGUGGACAAGAAAACACAGGAGAUGGCCUCCCAGCAAGGAAGAGUAGCUCAGUAGAAAAUGGAUUUGACACACAGAUUUAUACAGAUUGGGCUAAUCACUAUCUAGCAAAAUCUGGUCACAAAAGGUUGAUAAAGGAUCUACAGCAAGAUGUGACUGAUGGAGUCCUGCUAGCUGAAAUAAUCCAAGUUGUAGCAAAUGAAAAGAUUGAAGACAUCAAUGGCUGCCCAAAAAAUAGAUCUCAAAUGAUUGAAAACAUAGAUGCAUGCCUGAGUUUCUUGGCUGCUAAGGGGAUUAACAUCCAGGGGCUGUCAGCAGAAGAAAUCAGGAAUGGGAAUCUAAAGGCCAUCCUGGGCCUCUUCUUCAGCCUGUCUCGGUACAAGCAGCAGCAGCAGCAGCAGCAGCCACAGCACCAUCCGUCCCAGCAAGCAGGGCCUCCAUCCCAGUGCCAAGUGGGCGUCCCUCAGCAGCAGGUACCAGCUCUGCUCCAGACUCCGUGCCAACAGCCCCCACAAGCUGUGCAGCAUCAGUUCAAAGCACAACCAGAAAUGCAGUCCAGUGCAUCUCCCAGGGACUCAUCUCAAAGCAAAAUCAUCCGAUUCACUCUUGGUCAGAAAAGGUCUUCUAGGCUUCCAGGUCCCACCACGAGGGUGUCCACUGCAGGCAGCGAGGCCAAAGCUCGUGGUUCCAUCAGUGCCAACAACCGACGCAGCCAGAGUUUUAACAACUAUGACAAAUCUAAGCCUGGACUUCUCCCUCCAGCCCCAACAAAUAGCAAUGACAAAGAGCCUGCAGACAGCACGGCUUUCCAGCCCACAGGAAUGAAUGAAAAUGUCUCACCCUCUGUUCAAAGCUGCGGUACUGCUGUUCCUUGCAAUAACUCCUCAGCCAUCCCUCAGCCCAGCUCUGCUAUUAAACCUUGGCGCAGCAAGUCCCUCAGUGCCAAGCACACAGCGACGUCUUCCAUGUUAUCCGUGAAGCAACCAGCACUGGAGCCUCCAAAGCCACCCUCAGAAAUCACCAAAACAGCUCCCAACGGUCAGAAAUCCAUGCUGGAGAAACUAAAACUCUUCAACAGCAAAGGGGGCUCCAAAGCAGCAGGGACAACACUGGAGUGUCCGGGCUCUCGGGACAACAGCUGUGAAAAGCUGGAGACGCUUCUCACCUUUGAGGAGAGCGAAGAAAUUGAUGCCACCAAUCAGAAUGUCAACAACCUGGGAUCGAUGUCCAGCAGCCCCAAAAUUGCACUCAAGGGAAUUGCACAAAGGACUUUCAGCCGUGCACUGACUAAUAAGAAAAGUUCUCCAAAGGGUAAUGAGAAGGAAAAAGAGAAACAAAAAGAGAAAGAAAAGGAUAAAAGUAAAGACAUAACAAAUAGAACAUCCAUCACUGAGAAGCUGGACCUGAAGGAGGAACCUAAAGAACAGACAGCAGUAACAACAACAACAGAGAUGCCAAAAAAGUCGUCCAAGAUCACAAGCUUGAUCCCUAAAGGAGGGAAGCUGAACAGUGCCAAGAAGGAGGCCUCUGCCCCUUUGCACAGUGGAAUACCAAAACCAGGGACAAAAAACACCACAGGGAAAUCCUCAAGUGCCCCUGUUCCUGCAAAGGAAGGCGAGAGGAGCCGUGGCGGGAAAGCCGGCUCAGGGCUCUCACAUCAGAAGUCCCAGCUGGACAGCCAUCAUUCCAGCUCCUCCUCCAGCCUGGCUUCCUCUGAGGGGAAGGGCGUUGGGGGCCCCCACAGCAGUAGCAGCAGCCAGGCCGUGAACGGGCCUGCAGUGACAACCCACACCACAGGCAGCAACACCGUGAGUGUGCAGCUACCUCAUCCUCAGCAGCAAUACAGCCACCCCAACACCGCCACCGUCGCACCCUUCAUGUACAGAUCUCAGACAGACAAUGAAGGGAACGUAACAGCCGAGGCCAGCACAGGAGGGUUCAGCAUGGAUUCUGCUCUUUAUGUCAAAACUGCCCAGCCUGCUGUCGAGGACCUCUCAGGAGAGGAUCCAGAGACUCGGCGGUUGAGAACUGUGAAAAACAUCGCUGACCUUCGGCAGAACCUGGAGGAAACCAUGUCCAGUUUGCGGGGAACCCAGGUCACCCACAGCACAUUGGAGACCACAUUUGACACCAACGUCACCACUGAGAUCAGCGGGCGCAGCAUCCUCAGCCUGACGGGCCGGCCAACGCCGCUGUCCUGGAGACUGGGCCAGUCCAGCCCGCGGCUGCAGGCUGGCGACGCGCCGUCCAUGGGGAACGGGUACCCCCCCCGGGGGAACGCCAGCCGCUUCAUCAGCACCGAGCCUGGUGCCGGGCGCUACCUGUACUCAGCACCGCUGCGGCGGCAGCUGGCCACACGCGGCAGCAGCGUCUGCCACGUGGACAUCACCGACAAGGCUGGCGACGACAUCGACCUCGAGGGCAUCACCAUGGAUGCCUCCGGAUACAUGAGCGAUGGCGACGUGCUGGGCAAGAACAUCAGGGCUGACGACAUCACCAGUGGGGUAAAAAUUGGGAGUCUCUAUAGUCGGAAAUGGGAUGACAGCAGCUCUGUCAGCAGUGGGAUCAGUGACACCAUAGAUAAUCUCAGUACCGAUGACAUUAACACCAGCUCCUCUAUCAGCUCCUAUGCCAACACACCUGCCUCCUCCCGCAAGAACUUAGAUGCACAGACUGAUGCAGAAAAGCAUUCCCAGGUGGAACGGAAUUCCUUAUGGUCCAGUGAUGAAGUCAAGAAAUCCGACGGGGGAUCUGAUAGUGGCAUAAAAAUGGAGCCGGGAUCUAAAUGGAGGCGGAAUCCUUCUGAUGUGUCAGAUGAGUCUGAUAAAAGCACUUCUGGUAGGAAGAACACUGUUAUUUCCCAGACGGGCUCCUGGCGACGGGGCAUGUCAGCUCAGGUUGGCAUUACCACACCAAGGCCUAAACCUUCAACUGCCCCAGGCACAUUAAAGACACCUGGAACAGGGAAAACUGAUGACGCCAAGGUAUCAGAAAAGGGUAGACUAUCUCCUAAAGCUGGACAUGUUAAACGUUCCCCAUCAGAUGCAGGACGCAGCAGUGGUGAUGAAUCCAAAAAGCUUCCCACAAGUAAUUCUAGGACAGCUGCUGCUAAUGCUAAUACAUUUGGAUUUAAGAAACAGAGCGGGUCAGCCGUAGGCAUGACCAUAAUCACUGCCAGUGGGGCAACUCUCACCAGUAGAUCGGCUACCUUGGGAAAGAUCCCCAAGUCAUCUGGACUCAUGGGUAGGACCACUGGUCGGAAGACUAGUGUUGAUGGCUCCCAGAACCAGGAUGAUGGCUACUUAGCACUUAGUGCACGAACUAAUCUUCAGUACCGUAGCUUACCCCGGCCCAGUAAAUCCAGUAGCAGAAGUGGAGCUGGGAAUAGAUCUAGCACAAGUAGCAUAGACUCCAACAUAAGCAGCAAGUCAGCUGGUUUGCCUGUCCCUAAAAUCAGAGAACCUGCCAAGGUAAUCCUUGGAAGCUCUCUGCCAGGAUUAGUCAACCAGACUGAUAAAGAGAAAGGGAUUUCGUCUGACAACGAAAGCGUGGCUUCAUGUAAUUCUGUUAAAGUGAACCCUGCAUCACAGCUGGCUGCUAGCGGAGCUCAGAGUACCCACCAGCAAGGAGUCAAGUACCCCGAUGUGGCUUCUCCCACUCUGCGCAGACUUUUUGGUGGCAAGCCUAGUAAACAAGUUCCCAUCACAACAGCUGAAAAUAUGAAAAACUCAGUAGUCAUCUCCAACCCUCACGCUACCAUGAACCAGCAGGGUAAUCUUGACUCCCCAUCUGGCAGUGGUGUGCUGAGUAGUGGGGGCAGCAGUCCCCUUUAUGGUAAAAACACAGAUCUCAACCAGUCUCCACUAGCUUCCAGCCCCAGUUCUGCACACUCAGCUCCUUCCAACAGUUUGACAUGGGGUACCAACGCUAGUAGCUCUUCUGCAGUUAGCAAGGAUGGCAUUGGAUACCAGUCUGUCAGCAGUCUUCACACCAGCUGCGAAUCCAUAGACAUCUCCCUGAGCAGUGGAGGUGGGCUGAGCCAUAACUCCUCCAGUGGCUUGAUUCAAGCCUCCAAGGAUGAUUCUCUGACUCCCUUCAUCCGAACCAACAGUGUUAAGACUACGUUGUCUGAAAGCCCUCUUUCUUCCCCUGCUGCUAGCCCCAAAUUCUGCCGAAAUACUUUGCCCAGGAGACAGGACAGUGACCCACAUCUUGAUAGGAACACUUUGCCUAAGAAGGGACUCAGGUAUACUCCAUCCUCCCAGCUCCGUAGUCAAGAGGAUGCAAAGGAAUGGCUCCGGUCCCAUUCAGCAGGAGGACUGCAGGACACUGCUACCAAUUCUCCAUUUUCAUCUGGAUCCAGCAUAACAUCACCCUCUGGAACUAGAUUUAACUUCUCGCAGCUUGCAAGCCCCACAAGUGCGGCACAGAUGAGCCUGUCCAACCCCAGCAUGCUGCGCACACACAGCCUGUCCAACGCAGACGGGCCCUACGACCCCUAUGGUGACACGCGCCUCCGCAACAGCUCCAUGUCCCUGGAUGAGAAGAGCCGCACCAUGAGCCGCUCCGGCUCCUUCCGCGACGGCUUCGAGGAGGUGCAUGGUUCUUCUCUCUCUUUGGUGUCCAGUACGUCAUCUAUUUAUUCCACACCUGAAGAGAAGUGCCAGUCAGAGAUUCGCAAGCUGCGGAGAGAAUUGGAUGCAUCCCAAGAAAAAGUGUCAGCUCUGACAACUCAGCUGACUGCUAAUGCUCACCUGGUGGCAGCAUUUGAGCAGAGCCUGGGGAACAUGACGAUCCGACUGCAGAGCCUGACCAUGACAGCAGAACAAAAGGACUCGGAACUGAAUGAGUUACGGAAGACAAUUGAACUCCUGAAGAAACAAAAUGCUGCUGCUCAGGCUGCCAUCAAUGGAGUCAUCAAUACACCUGAGCUUAACUGCAAAGGUCCUGGAGCUGCUCAGCCCACGGACCUACGGAUCCGGAGGCAGCACUCCUCAGACAGCGUCUCCAGCAUUAACAGUGCUACUAGCCACUCCAGUGUGGGCAGCAACAUUGAGAGUGACUCCAAGAAAAAGAAGAGGAAGAAUUGGGUCAAUGAGUUACGCAGCUCCUUCAAGCAAGCUUUUGGGAAAAAGAAAUCUCCCAAGUCGGCAUCUUCUCAUUCAGACAUUGAGGAGAUGACUGAUUCUUCCUUACCUUCCUCACCAAAGCUACCACACCACAACACCACUGUUUCAACACCACUGCUGAGAACUUCCCACUCCAAUUCCCUUAUUUCUGAGUGCACUGACAGUGAGGCUGAGACGGUGAUGCAGCUGCGAAACGAGCUGCGGGACAAGGAGAUGAAGCUGACGGACAUUCGCCUGGAAGCCCUCAGCUCUGCCCACCAGCUGGACCAGCUGCGCGAGGCCAUGAACAGGAUGCAGAGUGAGAUUGAAAAGUUAAAAGCAGAGAACGAUCGGCUGAAAUCUGAAAACCAUGGCAGCUGUAGCAGGGCUCAGUCUCAGGUUUCCAUCUCCUCCUCCCCCAGACACUCAGUGGGUCUCUCUCAACACAGCCUGAACCUCACGGAGUCAAUCAGUCUUGACAUGCUGUUGGAUGACACUGGAGAUGGCUCUGGCCGGAAAGAAGGAGGCAGGCAUGUCAAAAUACUCGUCAACUUCCAGGAUGAGAUGAAAUGGAAGGAGGAUUCCAGGCCUCGCACCUUCCUCAUAGGCUGCAUUGGAGUCAGUGGGAAGACCAAGUGGGAUAUUCUGGAUGGGGUUGUAAGACGCCUGUUUAAGGAGUACAUCAUCCACGUGGAUCCUGUAAGCCAGCUGGGGCUAUACUCAGACAGUGUUCUGGGCUACAGCAUCGGGGAAAUCAGGCGCACCAACAGUGCAGAGACCCCAGAGCUACUGCCCUGUGGGUACCUGGUUGGAGAAAACAACACUAUCUCAGUUACUAUCAAAGGUAUCUGUGAGAAUAGCCUGGAUGGGCUGGUGUUCGAGUCGCUGAUCCCCAAGCCCAUCCUGCAGCGCUACGUGUCCCUGCUGAUGGAACAUAGGAGGAUCAUCCUGUCUGGCCCCAGUGGCACAGGCAAAACCUACCUGGCCAACCGCCUGUCUGAGUACAUGGUCCUCAGGGAGGGCAGGGAGCUGGCUGAGGGCACCAUUGCCACCUUCAACGUCGACCACAAAUCCAGCAAGGAACUCCGUCAGUACCUGUCCAACCUGGCAGAUCAGUGCAACAGUGAAAAUAAUGCUGUGGAUAUGCCUCUUGUCAUCAUUUUGGAUAAUUUGCACCAUGUUAGCUCCCUAGGAGAAAUCUUUAAUGGACUCCUAAACUGCAAGUACCACAAAUGCCCAUACAUUAUUGGCACAAUGAACCAAGCCACCUCCUCCACACCUAAUCUUCAACUUCACCAUAAUUUCAGAUGGGUGCUAUGUGCAAACCACACUGAGCCAGUCAAAGGCUUUCUUGGCCGUUUCCUGAGAAGAAAACUGAUUGAAACAGAGAUCAGUGGCAGGAUGAGGAAUGCAGAGCUGGUUAAGAUUAUUGAUUGGAUUCCCAAGGUCUGGCAACAUCUGAACAAAUUCUUGGAGGCUCACAGCUCCUCUGAUGUUACUAUUGGUCCACGGCUCUUCCUCUCCUGUCCAAUAGAUGUAGAUGGUUCUAGAGUUUGGUUUACUGACUUGUGGAAUUACUCCAUCAUUCCAUAUCUUCUGGAGGCAGUAAGAGAAGGGCUACAGUUGUAUGGGAGGAGAGCGCCCUGGGAGGAUCCUGCCAAGUGGGUAAUGGACACCUACCCCUGGGCAGCCACCCCUCAGCACCACGAGUGGCCUCCUCUGCUCCAGCUGCGGCCCGAGGAUGUGGGCUUUGAUGGCUACUCUGUGUCCCGGGAAGGCUCCACCAGCAAACAAGUUCCAGUCAGUGAUGCUGAAGGAGAUCCUCUGAUGAACAUGCUAAUGAGACUGCAGGAGGCAGCCAACUACUCCAGUCCCCAGAGUUACGACAGCGACUCCAACAGCAACAGCCAUCAUGAUGACAUCCUGGAUUCCUCUCUGGAGUCAACAUUGUGAUCUCCCUCAGACAGAGGUCGUUUCCACUUGGCAGGAGCCCUGAUCACAGACUCAUGAAAAGAACAUGUUCCUGGGCUAAGGAUCUCAGUAUUAGAGCUGCAAGAACAAGACAUUUGGAGCAAUCUUGAACCUGGGUGCAGGCAACCCAAGUGACCUUUGUAUGGUUUUUCUUUUGACGAUGAUGAGAACUGCACUACUCCUUUGUUUCCUUCUUUUUAGUUGCUGUAAGCUCUCAUGCUUAAGAUCCUGAAGAUGUUAAAAAUAAUCAUCAUUACUAAGUCAAAGGGACUGGGGUGGGGGGCAACUUCACAGCUGUGAAGCAAACAGCUUAGUGCCAUGUACUUUCUGGAAAGAGAGGGGAAAGGGAAUAUUUGCCUAUGCUGCUUCUGAUCAAACACAUUUAUGUGAGGGCUGGACUUUUACCAAUCAGCUUCAUGGAUUAACUCAGCUUCAUGUAGUUCUGGUGCUAUAACAAUACCGCUUCUCUCAGUAAUAAUACUCAGUGAAGGCAAAGCUGCAAAACAGGGAAGUUUGAAUAAAUAUUAAAAAAAUAGAAAAGGAAAAAAAUAAACUAAAACAAAAAGCGCUGCUCUCCUUGCCAGUCUGAGACCUUGGCUUUCUUUCAUUGUGUGUUUAUAAAGAUUAUAUAUAUAAAUAGGAAUAUAUAAAUAUAUAUAUAUACAGUCUGAACAAAUCAGGUUUUUUUCAAACACUGUGUAACAAUCAAUCCUGCUACAAGUGAAAGAUCAGGUAGCCCUUUGCUAGUCAGGGCCCAAUUCUCUUCCUACAUACAUCCACACCACCAGCUGGGCUGACUUCUGUGGUGUUUACACCCCACUAAUCCACCCUGAGAAGAGGGGGCUUCCCUCCUUCACAGAAGUCAGUGGCAGGGCUGUGCUCCAUGGUGUCCUACAGCUGCAAAGGACCCUUGGUAUUUAGUGCAUAGGUAUAGUGAGCUCUGUACACAGAGGUGAGCUACACCCCUGCAAAGGGAUGAGUCAGGCUUCCCGUUUUUAAUUCUUGCCAUGAAAUGUUACAGCUGUUUUCUAAAAACUUUGGGUUUUGUUCAGAGGUUUCAUUCCAAUCAGCACAACCAUAAGGAGGUUAAUUAAAAUUCAGCUCUUUGACAGUUCCAGUGCUACUCUGGUGACAAUAUUUACUUCCAUGACUUUCCUUUUUAAUUGCAAAGUAAAAAAAAAAAUAAUUGUAUUUUAGCAGUAUUCGGGUCUGGGAAAAAAAAGAUAAGGUACUGAGUACUGUGUCUUUUGAGUUUAACUGUGCCAUGCUUUUGAGUUGUGGCAGAGCUGUGAACCUGGUUUGGUUUCUCCUCCUCUGUGAACGCACACACCUACACUAUCAGUGUUAAGGCUUGUACUUGUGUUGGGGAACAAGAACACCUCCCAAAGAGUUGCACUUUCCUGGUGACACCACCAUCCCCAGCAUGUCAGCUGUACCUCAGCCAACACCUCAUUCUUCAGGAGGAAUUCAUAUGAGCCUUUCCAGCUCUCCUUUGGUGCUGACUUUUUAAAGUGAUGCCUUAUUUUGUACUAAUUGUGUUUGAUUAAAUUAGUGCUGUAUAUUAUGGGAUUUUAUUUAAAGAAACAGGGCUAAAGUCAUCUCUUGAAAUAUAAGUUGCUGUGAAUAUUGUUUGUAUGAGAUACUAGAAUUUGUUUAAAUGUGACAAAAAAAGAGGAAAAUGAGAUAACGUUUUGGGUUCAUGUCAAUCCGCAGCUAAUAAAUCACUGAAGAGCUGUUUUAUCCAUGCAGGAGGGACAAAAGAAGCUUUUCAACUCUAAUAAAUUACAGGAAUAUGCUUGUUUUUCAAUGUAAAGGAAGAAAUUUUACUACAAACAUUUUUUCAAGAGCUUGUGGGUUUAAAGCAACAUAAGAGACAAGUUCGUGCUUCUGUGACUCAGCUUGAGAGGAUGGUUUUAUUAUACCUCAUGACUUUCUGUAAUAUAACUGUACUUUGUCUUUCUAAGCUGGUCUUGAAUCUGCUUCUGUUACAACUUCUAAGUGCUGAUUACUUUUUUUUUAAAAGAAAAAUAUUGUAAAAGGAAAAAUUUAAAUAUUUUAAUGGUGGGGGGGAAGAGCUUGGUGUUGUUACUGUUUUAACCUUAUGAACUCUGAUUUCAUUAUUUCACUGAAUGGAAUAAGAAGGGUUACUCAGCCAAUUUUCCUAAUCCAGUUCUUGGUACUAUUAAAAAAAAUGGGUUUGAUCUGUAUAGAAUCAAAUCUAUAGCAUGCUGAUGAUGAGUUUGAGAGGAGUUAAUUUUUCCAGUAGUCUUGACAAUUCUGCUCCCCAGCACUGACUUUACCUGCUACUAAUGUGAAUUUCGGUACCUAAUCCCCCAACUGAAUCCAUGCAGACAGAGCAUGUGCCUGUAAAAAAAAACCCAGUUGCAGGGCUAGGGCUUUAAAUGGACUUGAUAUCCUAGAAAAUGUCUCAGUUGACUUUUAACUGGGUGCUAAAAGACCUGUUUAAAGUAGUGUUUUAUUUGUAGGGAACGGGGUAUUUUUUUUUUUUCUCAUGUUUAAUCCUGUGCUUAAGCUCAGGAAGAAAUUUCUAUUAUCUGUUCUUUUUUAUUGACACUAGCUUGGCUUAAAGUGAGAGAGGCAAUUUUGAAUAGGCUAGACAUUCUGAGCAUCACAAUAUUCCGUGUCUUUUCUGAAACUUCGGGAAGCAGGGUUACCUGUUGUGCACACAUCUUAGUUUUUAUCAAGAUUUUUCAUAGAUUAAGUCUUUCUUAGGUGACUUUCUUCGCAUUUAAGGCUUUUUCAAAACACUUCCUUUUUUUUUUUCCUUUUUUCUCCUCCUUACAAAGUUGGCUUGUUUAAAAAAAUAUCAACAAGAAAUGCAAGAUUCUAUGCAACAUUCAUGUUGAGUUAUAAAUUGGGAGAAUAAACCAUUUUCUUUCCUUCAGAUCUGCCAAGAAUGAUACAGGCCAUAAAUGAAAUGUGGUUUAUUUGGGUAAGGGGAGAGAGGGGGUUGGUUAGCCUUUUUGUAUGUUUUGAAAGAAACAAACUUGAUAUUUCAUUGUUGAUGCUUAACUUCAAUAUUAUGUGUAUGAAAUCUUGUCUAAAUGUGGCAAUUUUCUUUCAAGAAAAGAAUAAUACACAAAAACAAAGCAAAAAAAAAUCUUUGUUGAUAUUAAAUGGAAGGUUGCUGUUUUGAUCUAGUCGUUUCCAGUGGAACAGUUUAUUAAAUAUGUUCUAUAAGAUGUACAUUUUUUCAUUGUAACAUAGAAAUGUAAAUAUUUGAUUAAAAGUGCUGCAUUUUGAUGAAUUUUUUCUAGCCAUUUUUAAAGAGAAAACUAGGAAUUGAGUAUUUUGUGUACAUUUAUGAUGUUUUCCAUUUGCUCCUCUCCCUAUUUAAUUUUCAGUUCUCAUUUAGGAUUGGAAUUUGUGAAUGGUCUGAGAUCAUGCCUUUCCUUUCUCACUCUCACCAUUUCUACCCCUUCCGCACCCCGUGUCAUGGAGAAUAAAGCUUAUGAUUGUACCAGUCUUAAAUUAUUCAUGAUUCAAUAAAAUUGAUGCUUAUUUAUUCAGA